UCGAAACUUGUUCUACAUUUCUGCGCACUACUCAAAUAAAGAAAUCCAUUUAAUUAGUUUUAAUUAAAAAAUGAAUUUCACUUUACACAAGUAAAAAGAAAAGAGUAGAGAGAGAGAGAUUGUUUUACAUAUCUGCAGCGUGGACUUUUUUAUACUGCGAGAAAACAAAAGUUUUAAACCUUUUUUUCUGUCUGAUUAUUUUGGGGAUCGAUGUCGGAGAAGGAAGAACUCCCGUCGACAUCUAAGUCCACCGGAGCUCCGUCACGACCGACUUUAUCUCUUCCUCCACGGCCGUUUAGUGAGAUGUUCUUCAACGCUGGCGUUGGAUUCAGCCCUGGUCCGAUGACUCUGGUCUCAAACAUGUUCCCCGAGUCCGAUGAGUUUAGGUCUUUCUCUCAGCUCCUCGCCGGCGCCAUGGCUUCUCCCGCGGCUGCAGCUGCUGCAUCAGCCGGGGCGGCUAGUGAAGAAGGGAAUAAUAGCUCGAGCGGUGGUGAUGUUGACCCGAGAUUCAAGCAGAGCAGACCCACCGGUUUGAUGAUUUCUCAGUCACCGUCGAUGUUCACCGUACCGCCAGGGCUAAGUCCGGCGAUGCGGCUGGAUUCACCGAGCUUCUUGGGUCUUUUCUCUCCCAUUCAGGGAUCAUAUGGAAUGACACAUCAGCAAGCUCUAGCCCAAGUAACAGCACAAGCAGUUCAAGCCAAUGCUAAUAUGCAACCACAAACCGAGUACCCUUCUUCCUCUCAGGUUCAAUCAUUUUCAUCUGGACCGACCACAGCUACAGAUUCAUCAUUACCAGCUCCAAGAGAAACCUCAAUUACAACCAUCAUUGAGCAGAGGUCACAACAACAGCCUCUAAACGUUGACAAACCAGCUGAUGAUGGCUAUAACUGGCGAAAGUACGGACAAAAGCAAGUUAAAGGCAGCGAGUUUCCUCGAAGCUAUUACAAGUGCACCAAUCCAGGAUGUCCUGUCAAGAAGAAGGUCGAGAGAUCACUUGAUGGACAAGUAACUGAAAUCAUCUACAAGGGCCAGCACAAUCAUGAGCCUCCUCAGAACACUAAGCGAGGCAACAACAACAACAAAGAUAGUAAUCUAAACGGGAGUUCGGUUAAUAACAAUAAGAGUAAGAGGGAACAACAUGAAGCAGCGAGUCAAGCUACUACUACAGAGCAAAUGUCUGAGGCUAGUGACAGCGAAGAAGUUGGUAAUGGAGAAAGUGGUGUCAGAGAGAAAGCUGAAGACGAGCCUGACGCCAAGAAAGUUCGAGUUUCGGAACCAGCUGCUGUUGUUUCUACUUCACAUAGAACUGUGACAGAGCCUAAGAUCAUCGUCCAAACGACAAGUGAAGUUGAUCUGUUAGAUGAUGGGUAUAGGUGGCGCAAGUAUGGACAGAAAGUGGUCAAAGGGAAUCCUUAUCCUAGGAGUUACUACAAGUGCACAACACAGGGAUGUGGAGUGAGGAAACAUGUAGAGAGAGCAGCAGCAGAUCCAAAAGCUGUAGUGACAACAUAUGAAGGUAAACAUAACCAUGACCUUCCUGCGUCUAAAUCAAGAAGCCAUGCUGCAGCAGCAGCAGCAGCAGCACAGUUAAGGCCAGAAAAUCGACAUGGCGGUUUGGCUAAUCAGCAGCCUGUUGCGCGUCUAAGGCUCAAAGAAGAGCACAUAGUUUAAGAGAUGAGAACUCUGAUCCUUUUUUUCAUGAAAAAGCUUGCAACCUUAAUGGAAUCUUUUGGUUGAAGUUGAACAGGUCUCUUUCUGUUUACACUUGUCUGAGAAAAUCUAGAAGUUUACAUGAAAGAAAAAGAGUAAAACUUAAAAGCUUUUUAGGAUUUUUCAGAUUUUCUGUAAGUGAAUUCUUUUGUACAUGAGGAAGCUCUUGUGUUAUUGUAGUGCAUAGGUUGUUAUACAAUUUGUGGAUGAAAUUUACCUGUUGUAACGACUGAA